AUGGUGGAAGUACUUGAAAAAGAGAGGCAAGAACGUAUGAAGCAUGAAACAGGAUAUUCAUCGAAGGAUAAUGAAGAUCGAGAGGACAAAGGGAAGAAACCAAGAGGUGGUGGUUCAACACCAAAAACUCCUCCAUCUCCUUCUUCUGCUACCCCUUCUUCUUCUUCUUCUACUUUUGUUAAUCCUUUCAAGAGCACAACUACGCCUGUUAUAAAAUUGGAUGUAAAAUUUGAAUUACCUAUGUAUUGUGGGGAGUUGGAUGUCAAAAAUUUGGAUGAUUGGGUCCAACAGGUAGAAGUCUUGAUAUUAAUCAAUGGUUAUUGGUUAGUAGCUGGAGCAGUUGAUGUAGAUGCUUAUGGAAGUGAUAGAAUGAUGCAUAUGUUCAACAAUAUUGUUGUGGUCUUGAUUGCGGUGAUCAACCAAGUGUACAGAUGGACAUAUGAUACCAGACAGUUACCUGCCUAUGCAUUCAUAGCGCAAGAUUUUACUACCCAAGCUGCAUUGUAUACUCAUCAUCAAUACAUUGCCGGAUUCAUUAUGACAGGGGCAUUUGCUCAUGGAGCUAUAUUUCUCAUUAGAGAUUAUAAUCCAGAACAGAAUAAGGAUAAUGUAUUGGCGAGAAUGUUGGAGCAUAAGGAAGCCAUAAUCUCUCAUUUGAGUUGGGUUAGUUUAUUCCUAGGUUUUCAUACCUUGGGACUUUAUGUUCAUAACGAUGUUAUGCUCGCUUUUGGUACUCCAGAAAAGCAAAUCUUGAUUGAACCCAUAUUUGCUCAAUGGAUACAAUCUGCUCAUGGUAAGACCUUAUAUGGUUUUGAUGUACUCUUAUCUUCAGCAAAUGAUCCAGCAUUCAAUGCUGGCAAAAGCUUAUGGUUACCCGGUUGGUUGAGUGCUAUUAAUGAUAAUAAAAAUUCACUGUUCUUAACAAUUGGUCCCGGAGACUUUUUGGUUCAUCAUGCUAUUGCUCUAGGUUUGCAUACAACUACAUUGAUUUUAGUAAAAGGUGCUUUAGAUGCGCGCGGUUCUAAGCUAAUGCCUGAUAAGAAAGAUUUUGGUUAUAGUUUUCCUUGCGAUGGUCCGGGACGGGGCGGUACUUGCGAUAUUUCGGCCUGGGAUGCUUUUUAUUUAGCAGUUUUCUGGAUGUUGAAUACCAUUGGAUGGGUUACUUUCUAUUGGCAUUGGAAGCAUAUUACCUUAUGGCAGGGAAAUGUAGCUCAAUUUAAUGAGUCUUCCACUUAUUUAAUGGGAUGGUUAAGAGAUUAUCUUUGGUUAAAUUCUUCACAACUAAUUAAUGGAUACAAUCCUUUUGGUAUGAACAGUUUAUCUGUAUGGGCGUGGAUGUUCUUAUUUGGGCAUCUUGUUUGGGCUACUGGAUUUAUGUUUCUUAUUUCUUGGCGUGGAUAUUGGCAAGAACUGAUUGAAACUCUUGCAUGGGCUCAUGAACGCACACCUUUGGCUAAUUUAGUUCGAUGGAGGGAUAAGCCGGUAGCUCUUUCCAUUGUUCAAGCGCGAUUAGUUGGCUAA